CCUGGCCGGCCGCGGCUGGCCCGGGAUCAGGGAGCCGAUGUGGAAUUUCCUGCCCGGCCCGGCGCCCCUCCUGCCGCCCCCCGCCCGGCAGCGCACUCCGCUUCCGGCCGCUCUUGCUGCGGCCGCACCCGCGCCCGCGCCCGCCCCGCGCCUGCCCCGCGCCUCAUGGAGGGCGCAGGGCCCCGGGGGGCCGGGCCGGCGCGGCGCCGGGAUGCCGGGAAGCUGCCGUCGCCGCUGCUGCCGCCGCCGCUGCUGCUGCUGCUGCUCUGGCUGCUGCCCGGCUCCGCGGCACCCCAGGAGCUGAACCCGCGCGGCCGCAACGUGUGCCGCGCGCCCGGCUCCCAGGAGCCUGCGUGCUGCGCUGGCUGGAGGCAGCAGGGCGACGAGUGUGGGGUCGCGGUGUGCGAGGGCAACUCCACGUGCUCGGAGAACGAAGUGUGCGUGCGCCCGGGCGAGUGCCGCUGCCGCCAUGGCUACUUUGGUGCCAACUGCGACACGAAGUGCCCGCGCCAGUUCUGGGGCCCCGACUGCAAAGAGCUGUGUAUCUGCCACCCGCAUGGGCAGUGCGAGGACGUGACAGGCCAGUGUACGUGUCACGCGCGGCGCUGGGGCGCACGCUGCGAGCAUGCGUGCCAGUGCCAGCAUGGCGUGUGCCACCCGCGGAGCGGCGCGUGUCGCUGUGAGCCCGGCUGGUGGGGCGCGCAGUGCGCCAGCGCAUGCUACUGCAGCGCCACGUCGCGCUGUGACCCACAGACGGGCGCGUGCCUGUGCCACGCAGGCUGGUGGGGCCGCAGCUGCAACAAUCAGUGCGCCUGCAACACGUCGCCGUGCGAGCAACAGAGCGGCCGCUGCCAGUGUCGCGAGCGCACGUUUGGCGCGCGCUGCGAGCGCUACUGCCAGUGCUUUCGCGGCCGCUGCCACCCUGUGGACGGCACGUGCGCCUGCGAGCCGGGCUACCGGGGCAAAUACUGCCGGGAGCCGUGCCCAGCCGGCUUCUACGGCCUGGGCUGCCGCCGCCGAUGCGGCCAGUGCAAAGGCCAGCAGCCUUGCACGGUGGCCGAGGGCCGCUGCCUGACUUGUGAGCCCGGCUGGAACGGCACCAAGUGCGACCAGCCGUGCGCCACCGGCUUCUAUGGCGAGGGCUGCAGCCACCGCUGCCCGCCCUGCCGCGACGGGCAUGCCUGCAACCACGUCACUGGCAAAUGCACGCGCUGCAACGCGGGCUGGAUCGGCGACCGGUGCGAGACCAAGUGCAGCAAUGGCACUUACGGCGAGGACUGUGCAUUUGUGUGCGCCGACUGCGGCAGCGGCCACUGCGACUUCCAGUCGGGGCGUUGCCUGUGCAGCCCCGGCGUCCACGGGCCCCACUGUAACCUGACAUGCCCGCCUGGGCUUCACGGCGUGGACUGCGCCCAGGCCUGCAGUUGCCACGAGGACUCGUGCGACCCAGUCACUGGUGCCUGCCGCUUAGAGACCAACCAGCGCAAGGGCGUGAUGGGAGCGGGUGCGUUGCUUGCUCUGCUCCUCGGCCUGCUGCUCUCGCUGCUCGGCUGCUGCUGCGCCUGCCGCGGCAAGGACCCGGCGCGCCGGGAGCUCACGCUCGGGAGGAAGAAGGCGCCGCAGCGACUGUGCGGUCGCUUCAGCCGCAUCAGCAUGAAGCUGCCACGGAUCCCGCUCCGGAGGCAGAAGCUGCCCAAGGUCGUAGUGGCCCAUCACGACCUGGAUAAUACACUCAACUGUAGCUUCUUGGAGCCACCGUCAGGGCUGGAGCAGCCCUCGCCAUCAUGGUCCUCCCGGGCUUCCUUCUCCUCCUUUGACACCACUGAUGAAGGCCCGGUGUACUGCGUACCCCAUGAGGAGACCACAACCGAGAGCCGGGACGCGGAGGCCCCCACGGGCCCUACCGAGGCGCUGGCGUCAUCCCCGGCGCCGGUGACCACACCGACGUCCGCAGAGGAGGCGACUCCCCUCCCCGCGUCCUCUGACAGCGAGCGGUCAGCGUCGAGCGUGGAAGGGCCUGGCGGGGCGCUGUAUGCGCGGGUGGCUCGGCGCGAGGCCCGGCCGGCCCGGGCCCGGGGCGAAGCGGGGGGCCUGUCGCUUUCGCCGUCUCCCGAGCGCAGGAAGCCGCCUCCACCCGACCCUGCCACCAAGCCCAAGGUGUCCUGGAUCCACGGCAAGCACGGCGCCGCUGCUGCUGCCCGUGCGCCCUCACCGCCACUCUCGGGACCCGAGGCCGCGCCCAGUCCCAGCAAGAGGAAACGGACGCCCAGUGACACGUCGGCGCGGCCGGAGGAGCCCGGCAGCCCCAGGGCCCGUGACCCCACGCCACGGCCCCCGGGGCUGGCGGAGGAGGGGUCAGCCCUCGCCUCCCCCUCGCCGCCUAGGGCUCGGGCGCGGGGUCGCGGCCCUGGCCUCUCGGAGCCCACGGACGCUGGCAGUCCCCCGCGCAGCGCGCCCGAGGCCGCCUCCAUGCUCGCCGCGGAGCUGCGCGACAAGACUCGCAGCCUGGGCCGCGCCGAAGGGGCUCCCGGCGCGCAGGGUCCGCGAGAGAAGCCGGCGCCGCCACAGAAAGCCAAGCGCUCGGUGCUGCCUGCCUCGCCGGCCCGCGCGUCCCCUGCGCCCGAGGCCGCGGGGCCCGAGAAGGUGGCGGCCGCCGUGCCCGCGCCCGACACCCCCCGGAAAAAGACCCCCAUCCAGAAGCCGCCGCGUAAGAAGAGCCGGGAAGCGGCAGGCGAGCUGGGCAGGGCGGGCGCGCCCACCCUGUAGCAGGCGACGGCCCCGGCCGCGCCCGCAGGUCCCCCAGGCUUAGCAGCGCUGCUUGCCACCCCGCGUUCCGCGCCCGCCCGACGAGCCCCGCGGCGCCCCGGCCACGGCGGCCUCCCGGGACCUCGCGGGGAGCAGCCUGGCGGGAGGCUGCGUCUCAUUGGCUCAGGCUCCAGCGGCGGCUCCUCAAUUGGCGGGAAGACCCCAUUCCAUUCUUUGAGUCCUGACAGGCGCUUAGCAGGCGACUCCCUUCCCACUGGCCGAGAGCUCCGACUACCCAGGGUCUCGAAGGCCGAGAGACCAGUAAGAACUGGCCCAGAGUGCACUUGUGCUGGGGUACCUUCUCAUUGGUUGAGGCCAGAAGCACUUCUUCCUCGGCUGCCUCUCAUUGGCCAGGGCCUGGUGCCUCUGGCUAGAGGCCUCUUUCCUUGACGGUAGCCGAAGGCUACUUGCACUGGCCAGGCCCCAGGGCAUCUGGUUGACUGGAGCCUGGGGAGGAGGGCUGGUCUCUGCUCCUCAGGGGGCUCAGCGUCCCCUGGGCCCGGCCUGUCCCCCCUCCCACUUCCCCUCCCUGUGCCCCCAACCCCAGCCUCCCUAGCCCUGGCCCCUCAGCUGUCGAGCUGGUUUUGAUGGCCUCCCACCGCCCCACAUGCCGCGGGAAUCCGAGGGGCGACUCCAGUGGUCUGAGGAGAUGUAUUUAUAGGCCCCCGGUAGGGCUGCUCUGGCCCCAUCCGGGUGCCCCAGGAUGGGCUCCUCCCGGCAGGGGCUUGGCCAAAGCUUUCUUAUUAAAGUGCCUUUUUUUUUUUUUCCCCCUCUUGUGCUUUGCUUGCUUCCAAUCUGCCCUUUCACGGGCAAGGAAGGAUCUUCCCUCCAAGAAUUCCUGUCACCUCUUCCAGUGGGCGCUCACACACCAGAGUCCUCUACCUAAGCAGAACCUGGAAGCCCAGGUGUGGGGCUCUUGGGACCGCGCUGGAGGCGGGUUGUGUCCAUCGGCCCAUCAUUUAUUUAUCAGCUUUACUAGGCACCCACCUCGGCCCAUUCUCCACCGGCAGCCCAGGAGGAAGGAUGGGCCAGAACAGACAGGGUGGAGUCCCUUGGCUACAGGGACAUUGUGUCUGGGGCUGCUUCUGACCUGUGUUUCUCCCGCGGGCCACUGCUAUUACACUUGGGGGCUCCGAGCGUUUGGUGUGGCUGAUGCAGGUCAGAGGCUAGGGCCAGGGGGCAGUGGGCCACAGGCACAGCUCCAGCCAGUUUCCUCAGGCACAAACAAGAUGGUCUGGCCCUGCACAGAGCCCCGCUGUCUGCCUCAAUGGGCUCCUUGUCCUCAGCCGGAAACUCUCACCCGCCCUCCCCGCCGGGCUGAGGGAGGCUGAGGGGGCGGGGGAAGAGAGGAGGGAGCAUGCCUGGCCCCGAGCCCUAGCUGGCCUGGCAGGCAGUCCCUACUCUGGCCCAGCCUUCUAUCUGUGACCAUUUGCACGCCCUCACCCCCAGGGUCUUCAUGGCUUCUGGCCCUCCAGCAGGUCUCCCAAGUGACCUUCCUGGGCUACAAAGCCUUAUCUUUCUAGGGUACCCAUUGACUACUGUCCAUCUGGGUUCCUCCCAUCCCCCUGCCUCUGCCCAGCAGGUCUCUUUCCAUCUGGAUGCCCAGCAGUUUCAAUCCGGAGAUUCUGCCAAGAUCCUCCAAUCAUCUCCCCAGCCCCCCUGGCCCCCUCCCCUGCAACCCCCAGCGUAGCAUAGGGUCUGACCACGCUGGCAGCUCAGGGAUCUUGCCCUUCAAGUCUCUUGACUUCUGGCCAGAUACCACACUAAUGUCAACUUCAGUGACCCAUACAGUGGCUCAGCCACCUGAGUGGAGAUGGCCUCAUGCCAUGGGCGGGACAUCUGAUGUGGCUUGCAUGGACAUCGUCCCGGCAUUUGGCCUGGUCGGGCUGCACAUGGAACACAGGCUUCCCUCUGGCCAGCCAGGCACCCUCCCAGCCGUGGCCCUGUGGCUGGCUGCCUCUAUUGCUGCUGGGGUUGAGAACACGGGCUUAAGGUUGCCCAGGAGGGACUGAUGCCCAGCUGGGCCCAGCAAACGCAGAGCAGUGACCUAGGAUGGUGGGGGAGGGUGGUGCCGUGGUUGAGGCCACAGUCUUGCUCUGUACCCCCUACUCCCCAGGGAAGCCCAUGUUGAUACUCCCUGGCCCCCAAAACGUAGCUCUUAGCCCUCCCCCUCCCAGCAGUCUGGGUCAGCACAGUGUGGGGGUGACCUGAGUGGUCACAUAGAUGGGGUCUUUCCUGGGGCCAGAAACCCUCCAGGGGCCCAAGAUGGGAGCCCCUCAGAGUGGGUGCCUCACAGAGAAGGGUCAUCCCCCAUACAGCAGCCAGCCUCUGCCACCCGCCCCCACUGCGGGCAGGAUGCUGUGGCCUGGAGGCCAGGCAGGAACCAGGCCAAGAAAGUUACCAGGAUGAUCCCAGUAGCCGCUGGGGGAGACAACUGCCAGGACCCCUCAACAAACCGCCCCCCCCCAACACACACACACACACACAGACGUUUCCUCCCCACCCCCUCAGGCCUGCCGGCAGUGCCAGCUUCCAAGGAAGGCGCCACAGAAGGGAACCGCGGCUGCUGGAACCUCUGUUGCCAUGGGGAUGGGGACCACAGGACCCACAUCUGGUAGCGAUUGAGGAGGAAAAAUUAUGAGUCGUGGAAAACGCAAAUAUUUUUUGUAGCACAGAGCACAAAGGAGCGGGAGGAAUGUGGGUCUGGAGCAGGCCCGAGCCAGGCUGGGUUUCAGACGGGGACGCAGUUCACAUCACAGAGAGACCAAGCUACAAACACAUACCCCGCCACACACACACAAAUACCAAGACAAACACGCGCACCGUGACACAUAUGCACACACAGCAAGACCCGAAGAAACAGAGAGACAUUCAUCUGCCAGUACACACACACACACACAGACACACACACAGCCCACAGGAAGACAAGAAAGCACACUCCCCCUGGAAGUCCCAACCAUGAAAUCCAGCCAAGGCACAGAAGUAGAAAGAGACUCAGUCCACAAUGUAUACACCAUGAGAAACGGGAGCACCAAGACAGAGACACCGCAACUCACACAUACAUCCUAAGAAACUACCAGGCACACAACCCUGUAACACCAAAACACUCGCCACCAACUUAUGGAAGCGUUGAGAGAGACACACACCGCCAGAUCCACAGAAGCACCGAGAGACACUCCCUCAGCAAUGGCAUACACCCUCCACAAGCAACACCCAGGGGGACGCGUGCCAAGACACAGACACACACACCACCACCAAACAGAAACACGGUGACACACACACAAAUUGCAACACACAUGCAUUCACACACGCAACUCACACAACCAAUGAGAGGUACACCUUAUAAACACACACAUCACUAGAUACCGGCAAACACAGAGACAGACCCACCAAGAAAAACGCACACCCGACAGCAAACAGAAACACGGGAGUAGACAGAGAGCCUCUAACAGCCAUCCAUAGCCCCUCAGCCCCAACUAGACACCACACACACAGACACACAAACACUCAUGCACAAAAACCCGCUCCUCUAGAAACAGAUAUGAGACCCACUCACAUCUGGCAAACACAUAAGCACACAAUCAGACACACAGAACAUCAGGACAGACUGAGCCCCGGCUCCAGAAAAGCAAGGAUGUUUGAGAAAUCCCAUCCUUCUGUACUCCGAGAAAUGGCUUCCUCUAAAAGUCCACUUUGCCCUUGUACAUGCAACACCCUCCCACUCUUCCUCAUGACUCCCUUGUCUACCUGCUUCUAGAAAAACCCAAGCCCCGUCCAUUCCCUGUGGACAUUCCUGGUCAGCGAACGUUCUUCUUCUUGCUGUAGCUUGAAUGGAAUUGUCUCUCUCAUGGUCUAAGACAUUCCCCCCCUACCCUCGAGGUUCUGGUGCCCUGACUGGUGCAGACUGGAGAGACCUUAGGAUCCCUCGUGUGCCACUGUUGACCAGCAGUCCAGAUGCCAAAGGGACCCCCGCUCUGGUCUCACGCUCUCUGGGUUCAGGUCCAUUGGAAGCACAUCAAGAAUUUGAUUUUGAUUCCUUUUUGAGGACUUCAUUGAUUUUGGGUGCCAGAUUCCUUCCGUUUCAUGAUCUGACCAGUUGGUUUUGUUUCUGCUACUCUUUCCUGUUUGUCUAUUUGUUUUGAGCCGAAGUCAAUUAAACGUUUGUAUCCGCUGGGAAGACAGUUUAGAGAUGUGGCCAGUCGUAGAUGGAGAGAGUUGUCUUGAAGGUUUUCUUAAGGGCAGUCAGAGAGGCUGUGAUAGGAAGAGGUAAGCGAACAGGUGCUUGUGACACACCCAGCAGCUAGUGUGCUUUCGGGAGGCUUGCCCGCAUGCUUGGCAAUGCCUCCCAAAAGGUCAAAAGUGGACAGGGUGGGGUGAGGAGAGUAGAGGCUUGGCGGCACAGCAAGAGUUGAAAAGUAGGUGAAGGUGUCUGCAGAGGUCAGGGCCUACGCAGAGGAGGGGCGGGGAGGAAGAACAUUUAGGGGGAGGAGACAUCUGAUGGGGCACAGGGGAGCAUGGAUGGGACAUUUGGGGUCAUCAUCAGGCACAGUCCAUCUUUGGGUGACAUCAGUGUAGGAGGAGUGCAGCUGCAGAGCUGAGGUCACCUGGUUUAGUCAAGAAGGGGGUCAGUGUCACUACAGUUAACAUGUGGGAACAACUCGAGUGUCCAUCAAUGGAUAAGUGAAUAAACAAAACGUGUUCCAGCCACACAACAGAAAGUUA